AUGAUCGUGACAGACCUCCUCUCCAUCAUCUUCCGCCUAGCGGAGCUCGUCUUCUCGGGCAUCGUGGCCGGCAUCACAGGCCACUUCCUCCACCAGUCCCGCGGCGCCUCGUCGUGGGAUCUAGGCCGCUUCAUCUACACCGAGGUGGUGGCCGGCCUCUCCAUCUUCUUCUCCCUCAUCUGGCUGUUCCCCUUCUCGGGCAGCUUCAUCCACUGGCCCACGGAUCUCGUGCUCUCCAUCUGCUGGUUCGUCGCCUUCGGCCUGCUCGUCAACUAUCUGGGCGACAGCUGCGGCUACACCUUUGACUGGAGCGGCAUCGGGUUCCGCGGCACCAACUGCGGCAGCUGGAAGGCGGACGAGGCUUUUGCCUUUCUGAGCGCCAUCUGCUGGCUCGUGAGCACGCUGCUCGGGCUGCACUGGGUUCGCAAGCGCACCCAGACCACGACGGCCACUUCGAACCGGAGGUGGUACCGCCGCUCCAGAGUCUGA